AUGGCGAAGCUCACCGAGAAGAUCGCCCAGCUCCGGCCGGACCAGCGGUUCGUGUCGUUCGAGUUCUUCCCGCCCAAAACCGACGGCGGGUUCCGCAACCUCAUCGCCCGGUUGACCCGGAUGCUGGCGCUCAAUCCGUUAUUCGUCACCGUCACUUGGGGCGCCGGCGGGCUGACACUGGAGAAAUCGUUGGACCUCGCCGCCACCUGCCAGCGAGAAUUGGGCCUUACCACAGUGCUCCAUUUGACCUGCACCAACACCAAUCGCCAGAUCAUCGACACCGCCCUUGCCCGAGCCAAAGAGGCGGGGAUCCGCAACGUCCUUGCCCUUCGUGGUGACCCUCCGCGCGCCGAGGAGUACUGGACCCCCGACUGCGACUUCCACAACGCCGUUGAUUUGGUGCGUUAUAUUAAGGCCAAUUAUGGCGACUACUUCUGUGUUGGUGUUGCUGGCUACCCUGAAGGUCAUGUUGACGGCUCCGAUAACGCCGGCCAGGACCCGAGAAAGGAUAUGCCAUACUUAGUGGAAAAAGUCAAGGCAGGCGCUGAUUUCAUCAUCACUCAAUUGUUCUACGACGUCGAUAAGUUCUUGGCCUACGAACAGUUGCUCCAGCUGUACCCUGAGCUUAAGGACGUGGUGCUCAUCCCGGGGCUUAUGCCGGUGACCACCUACAAAGUGUUUCAGCGAGCGGCUAAGCUCUCCCACGCCAAGAUCCCCGCCGCCAUCGAGCAACGGGUGUCGGCCCACCAGUCCAACGACGACACCGUCAAGCAGAUCGGGGUCGACGUCAUCACCGAUAUCAUCGCCGCCAUCGACGCCAAGACCAACGGCAGGAUCAGAGGCUACCACUUCUACUGUCUCAAUCUCGAGAAGGCCACGGCGCUGAUCAUCGCUAACUCCCAGGUGUUGCUGCUGGUGAUCGACGAGCCCACGCACAUCAACCACGACGAGGCGAUCGCCCUGGACGACAGCGACGUCGAGGCGCCGCCCAAAGGCGCCAACGGGGCUCGGCGGCGGUCAUCCUUGGUUAACGCUAACGAGCUCGCCAAGGACGAUGCGCAGCGAGCACUUGUGAACAAAGCCCUCCUCAAAGAUAAACGGGUGCUCCGCGAGAUCUCGGCUGGUAAAGGGGCCUUAGGUAAAGACGCUAUUUGGGAUGACUUCCCCAACGGGCGGUUUGGUGACUCCAACUCUCCCGCCUACGGUGAGAUCGACGGUUACGGUCCUUCGCUCAAAAUUAGCACCCCUAACGAAGCCACCGUGCUUUGGGGCACUCCCGAACUGACCCUCGACAUCACCCGCGUGUUCACCGCCUAUCUCUCGGGCCUGAUCCCGUUGCUCCCGUGGGCCGACCAGGCGUUGCUGCCCGAAACCGCGUUGAUUCAAGAGGAAUUGCUCGAGUUAAACUGCAAAGGGUGGUUCUCCCUCGCCCUGCAGCCGGCGGUGAACGCCUGUCGUCUGAACGAUAAGAUCUUGGGAUGGGGUCCUCCCGGUGGGGUGCUCUACCAGAAGGCGUUUGUCGAGUUGUUCGUCCCCAAAAAGGACUGGCGCGAGGUGAUUUUGCCCCGCAUCACCGAGGACGUCGACGCCCAGACAAUCACUUACUACUUGGGCGACUCGCUGGGUAAGAUCGAGUCGAACUUGCCCCGCCAGGCGGAGUCAAAAACGGCCAUCACCUGGGGGGUGUUCCCGUCGCGGGAGGUGGUCCAGCCGACGAUGGUCGACUACGAAUCGUUCAAGGCGUGGAACGAAGAGGCCUUCCACUUGUGGGUGGAGUGGGCCCGCUGCUACAAGGUCAACCUGAAGCUGUACCAGCUCCUCAACUCGAUCCACCGCGACUACUACUUGGUGAGUCUCGUCCACCACGACUACCCUGAAGAACAUGCGCUUUGGGAUACCCUUCUUCAGGAAUGA